AUGGAGGUUCUGUCCCAUGUUUCGCAUAACCGCAACCCCGACAAGCCGGAUCGAAUGUUCAUCAUCGAAACCAUCGCGCAAACCUCUAUCAUCCACGCCGCGAGUGUCAUGACCGUGAAAGCCGAUAGGCUCUUGGAAAGGGCCAUGGAAGAACUUGCAGAGUACGACAUGCUCGUAGUUCCAGGAGGACCACCCGCCGUUGUUCAGCCACUGGUCGAGGGAAAUACCCCGGAGGUCAAUAUAAUCCGCAAAUUCGCUACGCUUACCUCGUCGGAGUCCCAAAAGCCACGUAUUUUGUUUUCCAUUUGCACAGGUGCGUUGUUGCUCGGCGCGGCAGGUAUUUUGUCUGGAAUGACGGUCACAACUCAUCACCGUGCGGUGGAGGUUCUACGGGAAGUAUGUGCUCGUUUUGGUGACAAAAAUGAGGGCCCCACAAAUGUAGUGCACAAGCGCUAUAUGGAUGGAGGUUAUUUGAAAGGGGAUUCGGUACAGCUAGUCACAGCUGGAGGAAUUAGUUCUGGCCUUGACGCUACAUUUUAUGUCGUGCGUCAGCUGUCAAGCCCGGAAAUGGCUGCCUUUGUGUCGCGGGUGAUGGAGUAUGAUUGGGCUGAGCCAGGAAAUUGA